ACGAGAGGGGCGCGCCCCCGCUGCCCAGGAGGGGGGAGGGAGGCGUGGAUCCGGCGCCUAGGACCCAGCGGAGCCAGUCCCUCCUUGUGCGCCCGACAGCAGCAGCCUCGUCUCCUAGCCUUCUCCUCCUGAGUGUCGGCGGCGGCGGCGGCGGCGGCACCUGUCCGUCGGUCGGAGGCUCUGCUGCUGGUGGUGCUGGUGCUGGUGGUGCUGCGGGAGGAUGGCCGGGCGCUGGGCGCUGCUCCCCCGGAGGCUCCUCUCCUCCUCCUCCUCCUCGUCCUCCUCGUGCUGCCGGUGCUGCUGCCUGUGGCUGGGCUUGUGGUGGGCGUCGGGGCUGGCGCUGCCCGAGGUGCUGUUCCGCUGCCCGCCUUGCACCGCCGACCGCCUGGCUGCCUGUCCCCCGCCGCUGCUGCCCCCGAGCCCUCAGGCCCCUGCCCCUGCCCCUGCCGCCGCUGCCCUGGCCUCCUGCCCGGAGCUGGUCCGGGAGCCCGGCUGCGGCUGCUGCCCGGUCUGCGCCCGCCUGGAAGGCCAGCCCUGCGGGGUCUACACCCCUCGCUGCGCCGCGGGGCUCCAGUGCUACCCGAGGCCCGGCGCCGAGCUGCCCCUCCAGGCCCUGGUCCAGGGGCAAGGCUCCUGCGCCCCGCGCGGAGGGAGGAACGGAGGCCCCGCCGCCCCGGAGCCCCAGGAGGACGGAGCCAGCCCCGAGCAGAGGGGCCCCGAAAUGGAAGAGCAUCCUGAAGGAUCUAUCACUGAGAAUGUUGUGGAUGGUGCAACCAGUAUUGUGAAUGGAGGCGGAUGGAUAAAGCCCCUCAAUAAUGGCAAGGAAAUUGCUGUAAUUCGUGACAAGGUGAACGAGCAACAAAAGCAGAUGGGCAAGACUACUAAACAUUACCCUGAGCUCCGCCCACCAUCUCCCAGGACCCCUUGCCAGCAGGAAUUGGAUCAGGUCUUGGAACGUAUUUCAAACAUGCGCCUACCAGAUGAGCGUGGUCCAUUAGAGCACCUCUACUCCCUGAAUAUUCCAAACUGCGACAAACAAGGCCUUUACAAUCUCAAACAGUGCAAAAUGUCAGUGAAUGGCCAGCGAGGGGAAUGCUGGUGUGUUAAUCCCAAUACUGGAAAAACCAUCCAAGGAGCACCCACCAUCCGUGGAGAUCCUGAAUGCCACCUCUUCUACACCGGGCAUGAGCAAGAGAAUCGAGGAGCACACGCCUUGCGUGUGCAAUAGAUGGACACGUUCCCACUCACUGGCAGGCAGCAUGGCCUAGUUUCAGUGUUGGAUUUUACAUGGGUUUCAAUGCAUCUUGGGCUUGGGUUUUUGUUUUUGUUUUCCUUUUCCUUCCUUUUCCUUCCAGCAGUUCCCAGCUCUUUGCAGGUACACGUACCUCUCAGUUGCUUGCCUUUAAACCAUUGUGGAAGAACUGCAAACAGGUUGAUGAUGGAGGGACUGGUUUCUCAGACUUUUUUGCCUGAGACUUAGUACCUCUUUUGGGUUGGGUACAGCCGUGACACCAAUAAGACAGGUGUGUUCUGACAGGGAACUUCCCUACCCUCUUCACCCAGGUCUCUCCAAAGAACCAAGGUGCUUAAGCUCCCAUCAGGCUGGAUGAGAUAAUCUUCGCCGCAGCUCCCACCCCACAUACACCAAAGACCAAAGAUUGUAAAUACUGCAUAUACUGCCUGCUACAUAGAGCAACCUGACCAACCUCUUCCUGCUGGUCCCAUUUGGUCAUUAGGUGGUUUGUAGCAUCCCUGAAGGUUGGGAGAAUCCCUGUUUAGACCAGCAGAAAUGCUACAUUCAUUCUUGAAAAGCAUUGGGGGGGGGGGGUUAGAGGGUGCUACACCUUGCCACCAUCUUCUUCCAUAAGGCAUGCACUUAAUGUCUGCAGAGCUACAGCCCCCUUCCUCCCUCCCCCCCACCAUCAUUAAGUUCUUACAACCCUACAAAUGGAGUUUUGUCCAUUAAAAAUGGAAUACCAUAAGCCAUGUUGUAUAACUUCACUCUCCUUUUGGUGGAGCCUUAGAUUCAACAUCUAAUAGGCCUAGUCCUAUGAAAUAGUGUUGAUAAGCAAGAAAUGUUAAUACUGGCACCACUCUUUUUAUGCUGAUGCUACUCUUUUCUAUAAUAAAAAGUAUCUUUAAAAGACAAGUGGGAGAGGGGUCAGGUAUUAGGGGAAUAACUCCGGCAUUCUUUUUUCCCCCUCCUCAAAGAAGCAAAAACCCAUUUAAAACCCAUGUGUAAGUUGCUGCCAAUCUCCCUUCCUCCUGGUACAGGUGACCCAGGUGAGCAAUGCCUAUGUUUUUGUAAGUAAACUACAUUAUAUAGAGAGCUUUGUAAAGACCCUGAAAUGCAUACAGAAAUAUAAUACACACACAGUUACAUAUAUGGACACGCAUGUAGGUUAAUACAUAAUAUGUGGGAACUAGUGGGGAAACUGUGUUCUGUACCCAGAAUGCAGGAAUGGAUCAGGUUUCUCUGAGGUUUCACACACAUACAUGAUUUUGCUUCUGUGUGGAUUGUGCAGGUACUGAAAUUUUAUUUAGGAGCUACAUUGAUAAGAAGGUUUCUUGUAUUAUAUAUACCAAUUUAUAUUUACAGGACAGUUGCUAGGCUCAUAUACUUGGAGGUUGGAGGUUGGGUGGUGGUGUAUGUGUGUAUGUAUGUGUGUGUGUGUGUGUGUGUGUGUGUAUACACACACACACACACACACACACAUAUAAAAUAAGGGGGAAAAGCAAGCCAACGUUUCCUCAUUUUCUGUAGAACUUGAGUGAGUGUGCAACAGGUAGACAAUUUGAGUUUUUGUGACAGUCCUUGAUCUAGCUAACUGCUGGAGGGAGUGUUUUUUGUUGUUGUUGUUGUUUUUGUAUCAGUUACCAUCUAGAAAGAUAAAUCCCUUCUAUGGCAAUUAGGCCUUUGGGAGGGAUUUUUCCCCGUGGUUAUCUUUCCUCCCACAGCCCAUUGUAAAAAUGGUGUGGUAAAUAAAUCCCCUGGAGCUUUUGCCACACCAAAUACAAAUAUGCAUUGAUUUGUCCCAAGAGAAAUGGCUUGUAGGACUAAUUUUGCUAUUGAGUUUUCUUGUUUUCUUUUCUUUUCUUUCUUUUUUUGGGUGGCGGGGGGGUGGUGGCAAGGCAGAGAUUAUCCGGGAAAAAGGAAGUGAAAGUUAGAGCACAACAUGUAAAGAGCUGUUGAGAAGUUUGCCAAAGGAAAUGAUGGCCAAUAGAUCAUGCUCAAAAGGGAGAACAGGUGUACCAAAAGGCUGGAACCACUCUAAAGGAAGAUGGACCCAAAAGAAGAAGGGCAGAAAAAGGUGAAGGGAUAAUGUGAUUAUGAUGGGCAGAGAUCCCAAAAUUCACAAAGAAAUUCUCAUAAAGGGCACUGUGCCCUGGUCAUAGAAUUAGAUUGUUUGGAAGACUAUGGUGGUCUAACCUGAUGUGGUAAUAGUUAAACGUAACGAAGGUUCUCUCACUGCCCAUUUGGUGAUGCAACACAGUAACUUGCCUUUGCCAUGUAUGACAAUUUCUCACCCAAAUUGUGCUUUGGCAUAUCCCAAAUCCAUUCUCACAUUUUUCAAAUAAGAAUUCGCCUUAAUGUUGGAGUCCCUAUAUGCCAUCAUCAACCCAGCAAAGCAUGUGGGAAACAGAGGGAUAAGCUCAAUUUUAUUUACUGUCCAUUUCCAAUCUAUUCAGCAUCCAAGAAUACUAGGAUUAGUGCCUUGAUGGGAAUGUUGCCUGCCCUGCUAAGUUAUGCCUUUAGCUGUAGAUUUUUUGUUUUGCAAGUACAAACCUGGAACCAUGAUGGAAAGCUGUUUCUUCAGGUUCUGGGGGCAUAAAUCAAUGAUGCUGGACUGUUGUCAUCCCCUGCCCAACCUUUGGAGGCAUCCAAAUUCCAUAGUGUAACACCUAGUAAUUGUUUUUAAAAAUUGGUGCUAUCUCUUUUCUGUUGAUAACCAUCAAAGACAAAUUGGGCUGCUUUCCAUGCAGAUACUGAAAGCAUCAGCUCACAAUUUGUAGACCUGUUUAGAAAUCACAAAUGUUUUCUUUCUCUGUUGUUUUUGAUUGUUAAAAUAUGAGAAAGCUGGAAUAAAUUAAAUGGGAUGCCAAACAAAAA